AUGGCGGCGGCGGCGGGGCGCGGGCUGCUGGCGGCGGGGCUGUUCAGCGGGCGGGUCGCCAUUGUCACCGGCGGCGGCACCGGCAUCGGCAAGGCCAUCGCCGCCGACCUGCUGGCGCUAGGUUGCAGUGUUGUUAUUGCCUCUCGUAAAUUUGACCGAUUAAAAGCCGCUGCAGAAGAGCUGAAUACCAGAUUUGCUUCCAUGAGUCCUGCCCAAGUGACCCCCAUAGAGUGCAAUAUCCGCAAAGAAGAGGAGGUAGAAGCUUUGGUGAAGUCUACACUGAGUCUGCAUGGGAAAAUUGACUUCCUGGUGAAUAAUGGAGGGGGCCAGUUUGCAAGUCCUUCUGAAGCCAUCCGUGCAAAAGGCUGGAAUGCCGUGAUAGACACAAAUCUGACAGGGACCUUCUAUUGCUGCAAAGCAGUGUACAAUGCCUGGAUGCAGGAACAUGGAGGAGCCAUUGUCAACAUUACUGCUGCCGUGAGAAAUGGCUUUCCUGGAAUGUCGCACUCAGGAGCUGCAAGAGCUGCAGUGGAUAAUCUAACCAAGACUUUAGCUUUAGAAUGGGCUCACAGUGGAGUGAGAAUCAACAGUGUUGCUCCCGGACUGGUAUUUUCGGAAACUGCUGUUGCAAACUAUGGAGAACAAGGUGUAAUGAUGUGGUUAAAGAGCAUACCAAAGGUUCCUGCCAAGAGGUCAGCUGUUCCUGAGGAGAUCUCUCCUGCAGUAUGUUUCCUGCUGUCUCCAGCUGCAUCAUUCAUAACUGGGAUAACCAUGGUCGUGGAUGGUGGCCAGAGUUUGUACGGCCAUAGCCUAGAAAUACCCGAUCAUGACAGAUGGCCCUCACCACCAGAAGGAAAAAAUUCUGAAAUGCUGAAAAAGCUUGUUUCUGGCAAGUUCAAAGCAAAGCUGUAAAAGAAAGAGAUAUUACCCUUGCUAAUAAUCUCACAUUGUGAUUUGGCCUUAUUAUUCUCAGUAAUAAUUUUUUUUGCUUAUAUGUAACUACAUUAAGUGCCUUGAUUUUUCUUGGUUUAUAUUUAAAACUUUUGAAAGUCUUUACAUUGUACAUGUCUUCUUUGAAAAGUCUCACUCUGAAAACAUUCAGUCUUUUGGGAAGGGAAAAGAUGUAAAAGACCAUCCAUUUGCACAGGCAUUAAGUAAUGAAGAAUCCCAGCAAGAAGGGAAUACAAAGUAUACUUAUUUUGCAGUGAAGAAGGAAUGUUUAGGAAUCCUUCUGUCCUUGAUGAAUUUACAGAGAAGGUAAUUUAAAUAUUUUACUAUUAAUUGCAUCAGUAACCCUUGGGUCAGGGUUAGCUCUACACUACUUCUGUUCAGCCACAUACUGAGUGUUAAUCAAUGGUUUUAAAGACCAAGCAGAGUAUGUAUUUCUCUGAAAAUAAAUAAAAAUAAGAUGGAAUACUGUUAUUAAUGUUUCAAACUAAUAUGUCAUAUCAUAUUUUGAAUGUUUUGAAUUGUUUGAAGAUAUAAUGACAUAAUGGAGUUAAGGUGGCUGCAACUUAAAUUUGAUAACAGAAUAAGCAGAUAAUAAAUGCAGUGAUGGAAAACUGUAUAGAUUCAAUAAUUUAACAUGCAAAAUCCAUGGUGUAUAUUGUAGUGCUCUCUGCAGUAUGCUACACUAGUAAAGGAGAAAUUUGGAAUUCUUCAUUUGCCAGCCAAAACACCUUUUAUCCAUACUUGUUGUCUUACAAUGUUAGCAGAAUUUUUUUCAUUACUAUCUUUAAGUGUGGUUUUUGUGAACAAUGCAGAGAUGCCAUUUAAAAAACGGAAGUCUUGUAAUACAUCACUUGAAGAGGCUAUAUUUGUAAAUUUUUUGUUCACUUUAAGGCAAAUGUUCCUAUGUCUGCUCACUUUAGUGAAAAUACAAAAAUUACGUAAUGACUCUGUUUGCUGUAAAAACUGAAAUUCCUGGAAUCAAGUUGCUACUAUAGAAGGGUACUUUUAGUACUUCAUUUUUGAUGGUUGGUUUUUCUCUGCAAAGAUGUUUGACUUUCGUGUCUCUCAGUAUUCUUAUAUAGGUACACGUAGAUUGCUUUUUCAUGAAAAUGAAAUGAAUGCCAGUUUGGGGGGGGGGUGGGUAGUUUGAGCCAUCAUGUGUGUUCUUUCUGCUUUAUCCUCUUUCCUUAGUAACUGAACAGUCAUUUAUGUGACUGUGAGAAAUUGGUACAGAGGUAAAGCCAACUUUUUUCAAACCUCUUGUGCAAGGUAUAUUUUGUUUAUUGCAAAUACUAGUUCAGGGUACUCAGCAAGGAGAUUCCUGGAAGCAAAUGCACUUGUUAGAUAACUUACUCUAGAAGUCUAGCCCAUUGUAUUCAAAUGAAAUUAUUUAGUUUAUUAACACAUCGUUUUGACAUUCUUGACAUCUUUCUGGAAAAGAAGGUUAACAUGAAUAAGCUUGAGACUUGUGGAACUUACUUCCUCUUUAUGUUUGACUGUGAGUUUCUAUGGUACAUUUCUAAGCCAUGUACUGUGGCUUUAAAGUGAAAUGGAAGUGAAUUGAUUACUUAUAUUAUAUCCCAGAAAUGUUCACUGAAAUAUUUGGGUACAAACGUGAAAAUCAUCAAUUUUUAAUCUUGCAAAUUUCCUCUUUAACUAUGCUAUAGUGUGAAUAUUCAUAAAGAGGGGAAGUUUAUAUGUAAUGAUGGUGAAAUUAAUCAUUCACCUCAGGAAAUCAUGAGAACAUUAGAAAGGUGAGCAUUCUCCUGUGUGGGAGACAGGUUCAGUCUGCAGUUAAUAAAUUUCUUCACAAGUAAAACUAUAAUAAACCUUUCUGCUUGUGCUGAAUACAAUUUGACCUUGCCUUCUUCAACUUUCAGCAAAGCAAUGGAUGUACUAAGAAGAUGUAAGUUAAUUCUUUAGAAGAGGCUGUGUGUGCUUUUUCUUUUUAACUGGCAGGAAGUUGAAAUAGGCAGCAUUUGUGGAGCUGUAAUGUGCUCAGCUUAGUGCAAUAGGAUAACAUAAUCAGAAUACUCUAAGGGUAAAUCUGUUAUAAAAAUACGGAAAAUACAUCCUCGGAAGGAGAAGGGGACACAUCAGUGUUGUCUGCUUUUCUCUGCUUUUUCUUUUUUUUCCCCAGUAAUAAUAUCAAGGUUCCCUCAUGAGCUGAAGCUUACGGUGCAUAAUAUUAACAUUUUAAUCACAAUUGUUUAUAUAUUAGGAUAGUAAAUCCCUUGCUGUAAUGGUUUUGCAGUAAUCACAGCCUUUCCUUUAUUAUUUGGAUUUAUUUUUGUUUUUAUUUGUAUUUUGGGGGAUUUACUUUGUUUUUGUUGUUUUAAUCUUGCACCAUGGAUUACAUGAAGUGUUUAAUUCUCAGAACAGAGGUUUUAUUUUGGUCUUGCCUCUUUGGUCCACUUUUACGUAGAUUAAAAUUAUUUUAAAAGUUUUGCAGCACCUUGCAGAAACCCAGUAUUGUGUCAGCUGGCAGCAAGAAUGUUUCAGGUUUCUGCUGUAGUGCUGCAGAUAAUAUCAACUGUAGCAACGCUCUUCCUAUGCCAACAGCCCUUGAUCAAAGGGCAUUGAGAGGUUAAAAGAAAUGGGUGUGGUAGCAAAAACAUCCUUGACCUUAAGAUUGGGGUAUCUGGAGUUCAGAGAACAGGACUUUAUUUUAUUUGAUUUAUUGUACAAGGGAGGCGAAAGCAACUAUGAGAAAAGGGCUAAGGAACCUCAGGAAGAAUCAAGAUUUGCUGACCAAACACUGAAAUGUAAACAUUUGCUGGACUGUAUAAUUGUAAUGAGCAAAGAGAAGAAUGUUGGAAUGACAGUUACAUUUACCAUUCUGUUAGAAAUCUCUUUUUGUUUGCUUUAGUAUUUACCUCUGGCUAAACCUCUGCCUAUUCUGCCUAUCUUUUAUCAGAUAUUCAUUUGAUGGAUGAAUAGAUGCUUACCAACUGCUACAAUACACCACGAUCUGGUGUUAUAUCUGAAUAUGUGUCAUAGAACUUCACAUUUGUGACAGCAGUGUAAUUCACUGAAGGGGAACUUCUAUCAAUUUCUGUCAACUGCACUUGCCUUAUGUUUUACAUAAGAUACAGAUACUCUUUGUAUCUGUACUCUUAAGCAGAAUAUUGUUCAUUCAGGGUAUUUAUUUAGGAUAAAGUGAAGUCUGAUUAUUCUGUGGGUUUACUUAGUGUAAAAUGAAGUCUGUGUUGUAAAAAUCUUCAUUCUUUCAAGAUUAACAGUUGUGUUUGCUAAAGGGAGAAUAGUCUGUGCAGUGUCAUUCUGCAGUAAGGUCCCCUGUCUGCUUUAAGAUGUAAAUGAACAAAUAUCAGGCAACCAUUGCUUGUUACAAGCUUUUAUGGCUGUGUUUAGUCUUCUGAACAGUCACACAGAAUAUCCCCUAUAAUCUUUAAGAAAGUGUGCUCUUUGCAAGAUAGUGUCAUUUCAUAUACUUCUAAUCAGCAUCUCCCAGUUUCCCCUUGCCAUCUCAAAUAGCAGCCUUGUGUUAAAUGGCUGAGUGCUGCAGAUGUUAGGGGAAUUGCCUUAUUAGUAAAGUCAACAGUGUUCCUGAAAAUGGCUGAGUCCUAAAGGUAAAUGAGUUGCUUCAUAAAAUUCAGUGAUGGCGUUGGAGCAGACAAAUCUUUCAGUACUGCUGCCCAAGAUCACUUAGUGUGUAUUACAUUUUUGUAAGUCUUCCAGCAGUGGUUUAGGACUGUGCUCCCCAAGAUAUUUGCUUUUCCUUUCUUUUUGCAUCAGCCUUACAGUGAUGGUGCAUUUGGAUUGGGUGGAAGUGGUGAGAUGCAGGCACUUGUUUCCUUCUCUCAUGGAAGACAGAUGAGCAUAGCACACAUGACUAGCAAAGGUUUGAAAUAAUACUGCUGUUUCCUCAAUGCAUGUGAGCUGGAUUUAAGUUUAUAAACAGACUGUUGGCCCUCCUGCUGGUGAGGAAAGACUCUGGAUUAUGUUAUAACGUCUUGGCAUCUCGAGCUUUACCCUACUGCAGUUCCCAGAAGAAGCCAUUUUGACUUCUGUUAUCUGCUUUGUCUCCAGCAGCUUGUUUCUCUGUCAGUUAACCCCUCCUUUGAUUAAAUAUAUAUUAAAUUAAUCACUAACUUA